ACGCAUCUCCAGAAGUGCUAAUUUGAAUUCUGUAUGUGGCUGUCGCUGAGCCCAUGGCAUCACCUUCCGCCGUUCUUUUAACUUUUUUUAAGCCCUAAACACUCCCUCUGCUUUCUUUUUCAUCCUUACCUCGCUAUUGUGCUUCUUAAUUAAGGUUUUGAAAGCAUUUUCUCUAGCUUUGAAGAGAAAUGGAGCGAAAUCAUCUCAACGGUCGAUUUUCACCCUCCUCUCUCGCCGAUCGCGGCUGGACCGCUAGAUCCGUCACUCCGCCUCUGCAACCCAACUACAGUAGCCGAGCUGUUCAAGAAGCUUUGGAACACUUGGCAUCUGUUGAUUUAAUUGAGUUGUGCAGUGAAGCAAAAGUCGAGCGCUGUCGGGCAACUAGAGAUUUGAGAAGCUGUGGACGCUAUGUACAGUAUGCAUUGGUCUCAUGUGGGCAUUCUUCCUUAUGUUCGGAAUGUAGUCAGCGGUGUGAUCUUUGCCCAAUUUGUAGAAUCCCUAUCGCAAAAAGCAACAAUAGGCUCCGUCAUCGCCUUUACUAUGAGUGCAUAGAGGCUGGCCUUAUUUCUAAAAAAUGCGAUGAAAGAUUUCAGGAGAAAGAAGAUGGGGACAAUCAAUCGACUGUUGAUGUCCAGCGUCUUUAUUCUUUAUUUGAUGUUGCUAUGGAAAAUAACUUGGUUUCUUUAAUUUGCCACUACGUUACAGAUAUUUGUAUGGAUGAAAGUGCUGUGUCUAGUGAUCCUGUCAUUGCUUUCUUAUUGGAUGAAGUUGUCGUGAAGGAUUGGUGCAAGCGGACCUUCGGAAACAUUGUAUUAGAACUUCAAGGGAUAUAUAAUCUUGAAGCAGAAGAAAUGAAAACUAGGUUGAAUUUUCUUGUGAAGCCUUCUGUGCAACUGGCUGGAUUAUUGAAUGUGCUUGAAGUUUUGGAGUCAUCAUUUAAGGGUAAUCUUUCAGCACAGCUUCAUGACUUGCAGGUCCUUCAAGAAAGCAUUUUAAAGACGAAGCAGCAUAUGGAGAUUAUGAAAUGGUGUAUCAGACACCAAUUUUUGGAGAAUCUGAAGUGUUGUCAUGGUACUUUUACAUCAUGGUGUUCUGUUGUCCGUGAAAGGAAAUCAGCUGCAAUUAUGCGUUCAUGGCCUGAUGCAUUAAAUCAAUCUGCUGAGUCCAAUAUGCAGACUGGUUCCUUGUUCAUCGAAGAUGCUUUAGCAAAUCUUGAGAUAGAGCAAGGAUAUGUACAGGAAAUGGGAGAUGAAUUACAACUAGCAUCUUUACAGAAGGAUCGUGGAUCAUUUUUUAGGUCUAAGGUAGAGGGGGUUACAGGUUGCUAUCCAUUUGAAAGUCUUCGAGCUGCUGUUGAUGUUCUCUUUAUACAUGGAAGUUCUGAUUUAGUAGUUGCAAAACAAGCGAUUCUACUUUAUUACAUUUUUGAUUGGCAUUGGACAAUGCUGGAUGGAACUUGGAGGCACAUUGUAGAUGACUUUGCAGCUACUUUUGGUAUAACCAGGGAUGCAUUACUUGAAUCGCUUGUCUUUUAUCUUCUAGAUGAUCACACAGAUGAAGCUCUAAAGGAAGCUUGUCACCUUCUUCCUGAGAUCUCAAGCCCAUCAAUUCAUCCUAAGAUUGCUCAAGUGCUAUUAGAAAGAGAAGCACCAGAAACGGCUCUGAUGGUCUUGCGGUGGUCUGGGCGUGAUGGAUCUCAGAUGGUUUCACUUAGUGAGGCUGUUACUGCAGUUCGGGUGAGGGUUGAGUGUGGACUUCUGACUGAAGCUUUUAUGCAUCAGAGGAUGCUCUGUACCAAAGUCAGGGAAAAGAAGUGGAAAGAUGAACUAACCGAGGAUGCUUCUGAUGAUUUGAAACGUGAAUGUAGGACUUGGGAGGACUGGGUGAAGGUACUGGUGACUGAAAUUUGUUGUCUUUGCAUCAAGAGCAAAUUGGUAGACCGGAUGAUAGAAUUUCCUUGGAAUUUGGAUGAAGAGAAAUAUGUCCAUAAAUGUCUUUUAGAUUGUGCAAUCGAUGACCCUUCAACAACCACUGGAAGUCUUCUUGUUGUAUUUUAUCUUCAGCGCUACAGAUAUGCCGAGGCAUGCCAAGUUGAUCUCAAACUUCAGGGUGUGGAGCAGGAUUUCGUUUCAAAUAAUUCUGUCAGUGAAGAAGUUUUGUCUAAAAUGAGAUCAGCUAGUGAUUGGAGAACAGGGCUUGUUGCUAAAUCCAUUGAAUUGCUACCACAAGUCCAACAGCAGCAAGCAAAGACUGGAAAAAUGGUGUCUGAGAUUUAUAAUAUUUCUGGUGAACAAGUUAAAACACCUGCGAAGUCUGAUAGUCCAAUGGUACAAAAGCCAAAGUCAAUCAAUUUGUUGAUUCCCCAAUAUGCUGAUUCUUCUCUUGUUCUGAAGUCAAAUCAUGGAAUUCCAUUUAAAUCAUCAGUCCUUAAAACUCCAACACCACUUGAUGGAUCCAUCAACAAAUCUCACUUUGAACCUGGUAACUAUGGCUCUCCAUCAAUUCUCCAAGCAAGGUUAUUCACAAAUGCCAGAAAAGGACCGAAGCCACAAGUUAGCAAUCACAAGAAUGUUAAAUAUGAUGGAACCCCAACUCCUGGAAUUCCUUGGGUUAGUCCUAUGAGUGCUACACCAUUAAAGGAUAUCAGCAGAACUUCAUUGGGAGUGCUUCCUGACAAUGACCUGCAUCAUGGUCAGUUUGAUAGCGACUUACCAGAAAUGGAACAAAAUGGGUUCGCUGAGCAACUCCAAAGUAGAGGUCCCCUUUAUUCCCACAAGGUUACAGCUAAUGUAAUUGCUAUGUCUGGUGGCCAUUGCGGGUUUCCUAGUGAUUCUGCACAGGUGUCUGGUAAAAGGAUCCAUCCUGAAAGAUCAGAUGAUGGACUUCGGAGAAUGACUUAUGGAGAUGAUGCAAUAGAUAUUGGUUCGAGUGGUAGAGAAAAGGGGUUCACUGCUGAUGAUGGAAUUGUGAAUGGUGGGCCAAGAUGGAGGUCUGAUGAAUCUAGUGAUGAGGAAGAUGAGCAUAAUUUGGAGAGAGCUGUUAAAGGAGCUUCUUAUAGAACUCCCAGAAGAGGAAUUAGAAGAAGUAGGUUUGCUAGAAGAUGAAGAUUGCUGGUGUCCAUUUGACAAACUAUUGAUUUGUCUGAUCAACUGAAUAAAAAUGGGUGAGCUAGAAGCAACAUGAGUGAGCAGUGAAACAAAGCCAUAACUCUUUUUGUUUACUUGUUCCAUUAGAGUACAUAAUAUACUAUAUAUUGAUUCAUAGUUGCAAAAUGAGAAUCGUAUCAUCUCCAUUUCUUCUUGCUGAGCCGUUGAUCAAGUGUGGGUUCUUGGCAGGGCUGCAUUUUUGUUCGAUGUCAAGCAAUUCUGUUUCCGUACUGCUUUCUUCUUUCUCUUUGGUAGCUGUAGCUGCCAACAUUUUUGUAACUUGUAAUAUAUGCAUGAUCAAUUACCAAUAUUUUUGCUGCUUUGUCUGAUUGGCAUCAAUUCCUAUUAA